AUGAUAUUCUACACGGAAGCCACGAGCAUCAUUGUGAACGUUGUUGUGUCUCUGCUGGCCCUUAUGGCCAUUGGCAUCUCGUUGUACUUCAUGUCCGUGCGCUCCGGAUGCAGCUGGAAGGGAGUCCUGCUGCGCUACGCGAUCACCAUUGGCAUGCAGCUCGCCGCCCUCGCUCUGGCCGUGGGCCUCGCACUGCUCGUUGCCGUCUUUAUGGAUAGGGUGAUACGCUCGAUGACUUGGUUCACCUCCACCUGGACGAUCUUUGGCCUCUACCUGGCGCCGAUCAUCUUCGGAAUGAGCAUCCUGCCAGCCCUGUAUCUGGAGAAGACGAAACGCGAUCCCCUAGUCCUGGGGUUCCGCAUCCAGCUGUUCAUGCACUCGCACUGCUUCUGGCUGAUCGUGAUCAUGGUUACGCUGGCGGGACUGAGCAUUCGAUCGGCCUACUUGAUAAUGCUCUAUGUGCUCUUCGAUAUAGUUGCUUUGAUUGUGAACUUGGUCACCAAGUGUCACCGCAAAGCCUAUUUGUUUGCCAUUGCUGUCACGGUCUGUCAGAUCCUUCCGUUCGUCUACUUCACCUAUUUGUGCACGGCGGCUCUCCUAACUCUGAUGCACAUGCAGGGACGCUUUUUUGGUUAUUUUGCUGGUUAUUUUCCCUCAUGUUUGCGUGUUCCACUGAUCAUGUUCUUCCGCAAGACGAGAACGAUUGUGCUCUGCUUCCUCGGGAUUACCAUUCUGUUCAUUGUAAUCGCCGUCACGAAUGCCGGAUUCCCCUACAAGGAGAAAACCUCAGCGCAGCGCUACUCAUUGAUCCAUGCACAUCGUCGGCUACAUAACGCGGAUGGCACCACUCGCAUGGACGAAUCAGAAUGGCCCCAAGAUCGACACUGA